AUGGGUUUCUUCGGUUUUGACGAGUCUCGCGAUGCCCGCGACCAGGUCUACAACAAUGACAACCACCACGAGGGCUCCCUGAGCCACGAGCUCCUGGGCGCCGGUGCCAGCUUCGCCGCCAUGCACGAGUGGGAGAAGCACCAGCGCGCCGAGGGCCAGACCGUCAGCCACGGCUUCGCCAAGGAGGCCAUUGCCGCCUUCGCCGGCGCCGAGGUUGACAAGCUCGUUGAGACCAAGGGCCUCGACUUCAUUGACCGCGAGAAGGCCAAGCACCACGCCCGCCAGAACGCCGAGCAGCUGUACGACCAGCAGUACGGCAACCAGGACAACUUUGACCCGUAA